AUGGCGGCGGCGGCGGCGGCGGCGGCGGGCGGAGGCCGAGGGCGGAGGCCGAGGACGGAGACUAACUGGAAUGGAAAAGGUAGCUUCACUAUCUCCACGCACCAUUCAGUUCUGUUCUCUGGGAAUGAAGAAGGAUAUAACCACGGAGUAGCAGUCAUCCUCUCCAAAGAAACAAAGAAGACUCUUAUUGGUUACAGUCCUGUUAAUGACAAAAUUUUGAAAGUCAGACUCCAUGCGAAACUACACAAUGUAUCUAUCAUUCAAUGCUAUGCACCAACUUCAACAGCUAGUGACGAAGAAAUGAAGACCUUUUAUAACACCUUGCAGGAAACGAUCGAUUCCAUCCCCAGUAGAGACGUGAAGCUAUUAAUGGGAGACUUCAAUGCCAAAGUUGGUUCUCAAAACAUCUCUAACUCAACCUAUGGAAGAUUCGGUCUGGGACAUCAAAACGAAAGGGGAGAAGAUCUUAUUGAUUUCUGUAGCACAAACAAUCUGACAAUCACAAACACAAUGUUUAAACAUCACCCUAGACAUUUAUACACCUGGACUUCACCCGACAAGAAAACUCGUAACCAGAUUGAUUAUAUCCUUCUUUGCCAGAAAUGGAGAAGUUCCAUUAAGAAUGUGAGAACAAGGCCAGGUGCAGACUACAACAGUGACCACCAACUUCUUGCAGCGGAUAUCAAAUUCAACCUGAAGAAGAUGAAACAACCUCCGCACCCGAUCAGACUUGACUAUGAAACGCUAGACGACAACUACAGAGUCAGAAUUACGAACAAAUUUGCAUAUCUUCUGCUUUGCGAGGAAGAACGAUCGGCUGACGAUCUGUGGAAUGCUGGCAAAGAAAUUAUCAUUCGAACCGCUGCAGAAACCAUCGACAAGAAAACGAAGAAAUCUACCACUUGGAUCUCUGAUGAAACACUUGAAGAAAUUAAGAUCAGAAGAGAGAUUAAAUCAAAAAGACUUGACAGUCCAGUAGGCGAAGCUCUUUACAGAAACCAAAACGCAAAUAUUCAAGGAAAGAUGAGAAAAGACAAAGAGAAAUUCAUCGAACAACAAUGUCUGAAAAUUGAAAAAAAAAAAAAAAAAUGCCGUCAACAACUCUACCAAGGAAUCAAAAACCUGACAAAAUCUUUCAAACCAUCAGCUGAUACCAUCAAGUCAGAAGACGGGACAGUUCUCUGUGAUGGAGAUGAAAUCAAAGAAAGGUGGAAAGAGUACUGCUACAAACUGUACGAGAAGAACAACUUGCCACCUAUCCAUCUCGAUCUCACGGUUUCUGAACCAGAACCUCCACCCCUUAUUGAUGAAGUUAAAGAAGCAAUCAAAGAUCUUAAAAACGACAAGAGUCCUGGAGCAGAUGAAAUCACCGCUGAAUUAAUCAAGAAUGGAGGCCCGAACAUCGAAGCUUUCUACCACAAACUCUGCUGCAAAGUCUGGAACGACCAGAAGUGGCCUGCUGAUUGGUUGAAAUCCGUUUUUGUCCCAAUCCCGAAGAAAGGAGACACGUUGCAGUGCACUAACAACAGGACCAUCGCGCUCAUAAGCCACAGCAGCAAAAUCCUUCUGAAAAUCAUCGCAAAAAGAAUGCAUUGGAAAAUGAAAGCUGAGAUUGCUGAAGAACAAGCGGGAUUCAGAGCUGGAAGAGGCACAAGGAACCAAAUUCUGAAUCUAAAAAUGGGCAUCGAAAAGAACCGUGAACAUAACAGAUCUGUUCCUCUGCUUUGUCGACUACACCAAAGCUUUUGA